GGGGUGGGGGCUCCGUUCCCGCCCUCGGCAGCCGCCGCAGAUCGCCGGCGCUCGGGCCGCCCCCGGGGAGCGUCUGAGGAGGCGCGAGGCCGCGGCUGCCGAACAGUGCGGGGCCGGGAGGCUCCUGACAGGCUGAGGGAGCCGUUGAAGCCCCGACCCAUGUCCGCAAGAUGGAGGCGGCGGGGGCGAUGGCGUGAGGACAGCAGCGCCGCGGGCGCGGGGGCGGCGGGAUGGGGCUCCUGCUCAUGAUCCUGGCAUCGGCCGUGCUCGGCUCGUUCCUCACGCUGCUCACCCAGUUCCUGCUGCUCUACCGCAGACAGCCCGAGCCGCGGGCGGACGAGGCGGCGCGCGCGGGCGACGGCUUCCGCUACCUGCGGCCGGUGCCGGGCCUGGCCCUGCGGGAAUACCUCUAUGGCGGCGGCGCAGAGGAGCCCGCGGCCGGCUCCUCCGAGGCCGGCGCCGCCACCACCACCGCCACCCCGGACGGCCCGACCCCGCCGACGCGGGAGACCUGCUACUUCCUCAACGCCACCAUCCUGUUCCUGUUCCGGGAGCUGCGGGACACGGCGCUCACGCGCCGCUGGGUCACCAAGAAGAUCAAGGUGGAGUUCGAGGAGCUGCUGCAGACCAAGACGGCCGGCCGCUUGCUGGAGGGGCUGAGCCUGCGGGACGUGUUCCUGGGCGACACUGUGCCCUUCAUCAAGACCAUCCGCCUGGUGCGGCCCGUGGCGGCCUCGGCCGGCGCCGAGCCCGACUGCCCCGACGCGGACGCGCUGCCCGCCGCCUGUCCCGAGGAGCUGGCCUUCGAGGCGGAGGUGGAGUACCAUGGUGGCUUCCACCUGGCCAUCGACGUGGACCUGGUGUUCGGCAAGUCCGCCUACCUGUUCGUCAAGCUGUCGCGGGUCGUGGGCCGGCUGCGCUUCGUCCUCACCCGCGUGCCCUUCACCCACUGGUUCUUCUCGUUCGUGGAGGACCCGCUGAUCGACUUCGAGGUGCGCUCGCAGUUCGAGGGCAGGCCGAUGCCGCAGCUCACCUCCAUCAUCGUUAACCAGCUCAAGAAGAUCAUCAAGCGCAAGCACACGCUGCCCAGCUACAAGAUCAGGUUUAAGCCGUUUUUUCCGUACCAGACCUUGCAAGGAGUUGAAGAGGAUGAAGAACACAUCCAUAUACAGCAGUGGGCCCUUACUGAAGGCCGUCUUAAAGUCACAUUGUUAGAAUGUAGCAGGUUACUCAUUUUUGGAUCCUAUGACAGAGAAGCAAAUAUUCAUUGCACACUUGAGUUGAGCAGUGGUGUUUGGGAAGAAAAACAAAGGAGUUCUAUUAAGACGGUUGAAUUAAUAAAAGGGAAUUUGCAAAGUGUUGGACUCACACUUCGUCUUGUUCAGUCAACUGAUGGGUAUGCUGGGCAUGUCAUAAUUGAAACCGUGGCCCCAAACUCACCUGCUGCUAUUGCAGAUCUGCAGCGGGGAGAUCGGCUCAUUGCUAUUGGAGGUGUGAAAAUUACAUCGACACUACAGGUAUUGAAGCUCAUCAAACAGGCUGGCGACCGAGUCCUGGUGUACUAUGAAAGGCCCGUUGGCCAGAGUAAUCAAGGUGCGGUGCUGCCAGACAGUUUUGGUCAGUUGGAAGAGAACUUUUUGUCAAGCUCAUGCCAAACAGGUUAUGAAGAAGAAGCUGCAGGGUUGGCAGUAGAUGCUGAAAAUAAAGACCUUGAUUCUGAAUUUGAAGACUUGGCAAGUGAUGUCAGAGUACAAACUGAGUUCAAAGAUGAGGCACAGUCAUUAAGCCAGAGUCCUAAACGUACUCCAACAACACUGUCUAUUAAACCCCUUGGCGCUAUAUCCCCAGUUUUGAACCGUAAAUUAGUUUCAGGAAGUCACCCACCACCACAAAAACUUCCAUCCAAAGAAGGAAAUAAACCAUCAGCCCCCAAAACUUCAGAGGUCACAGAACCAGCACAAGUGUCAAAACCCCAAGGACCCACUUUCAAACCACCUGUGCCACCACGACCACAAGUAAAAAUUGCUUUGCCUUCCACGGACACCCCAACUCAGGCAGACCCAGAUGUUGAAAAGCCAGAGAAGGUGCCGCCACCCCCUCUUGCAGAUAAAUCAGAGAAGCAAGUAAAAAGUGUGGAUCAUGGGGAAGAUUCAGCUGUAGUGAAGCAGGCUUCAGCAAAGCAAGAAUUGGUGAAAGAUCUUACCUCAGAAAGUUCCUGCCCCACUAAGGAGAUUUCGGAUGACCGUCAAACAUGGGAAUCAUCAGAGAUUCUUUAUCGUAAUAAGCUAGGAAAAUGGUCAAGGACCAGAGCAUCCUGUUUGUUUGACAUAGAAGCCUGCCACAGAUACCUGAACAUUGCACUGUGGUGCAGGGAUCCUUUCAAGUUAGGAGGUCUCAUUUGUUUGGGGCACGUUAGUUUAAAACUUGAAGAGGUGGCUUUAGGAUGCUUAGCUACAUCAAACAUGGAGUACCUUUCAAAGUUCAGACUGGAGGCCCCGGCACCCAAGGCCAUGGUCACUAGAACUGCACUACGAAAUCUGAGUAUGCAGAAGGGCUUCAAUGACAAAUUUUGCUUUGGUGACAUUACUAUUCACUUCAAAUACUUGAAAGAAGGAGAACCAGACCACCAUGUUCUUACUACUGUAGAGAAAGAAAAAGAACUGCAUGUGGUUGAAGAAGUUUCUACUGUCCCUAAAGAGGAGCACUUUGUAGGACAGAUGAGUUCUUCAGAAAAUAAACAUAGUUUCCAAGAUACCCAGUUCCAAAACCCAACUUGGUGUGAUUACUGUAAGAAAAAAGUUUGGACAAAAGCUGCUUCCCAGUGUAUGUUCUGUGCUUAUGUUUGUCAUAAAAAAUGUCAAGAAAAGUGUCUAGCUGAGACACCUCUUUGUGGAGCAACUGAGAGGCGAAUAGAUCGGACCCUGAAAAACCUUAGGCUGGAAGGACAGGAACCCCUUGUGGGCCUCCCUCCUCGGGUUGAGACCGAAGCUAAGUCAAUCAAUAAAACAACAGGUUUGACAAGGCACAUUAUCAAUACUAGCUCUCGUUUACUCAAUUUGCGUCAGGUCUCUAAAACUCGCCUUUCUGAACCAGGAACUGAUCUCGUAGAACCUUCACCAAAACACACCCCCAACACAUCAGACAAUGAAGGGAGCGAUACAGAGGUCUGUGGUCCAAACAGUCCUUCCAAACGAAACAGUGCAGGAAUAAAGUUAGUGAGGAAAGAAGGUGGGCUGGACGACAGUGUUUUCAUUGCAGUUAAAGAAAUUGGUCGAGACUUGUACAGAGGCUUGCCUACGGAGGAAAGGAUCCAGAAGCUGGAGUUCAUGUUGGAUAAACUGCAGAAUGAAAUUGAUCAGGAGUUGGAACACAAUAAUUCCCUUGUUAGAGAAGAAAAAGAAACAACCGAUACAAGGAAAAAGUCACUUCUUUCUGCUGCUUUGGCUAAAUCAGGUGAAAGACUACAAGCUCUAACACUUCUGAUGAUUCACUACAGAGCAGGCAUCGAAGAUAUCGAAACCUUAGAAAGUCUGUCUUUAGACCAGCACUCAAAAAAAAUGAGCAAAUAUGCAGAUGAUCCAGAAGAAGACCUUGAUAGUGAAAUAAGCCAGCUGAUAGACACCCAGCCAUUCAGCAGCAUCUCAGAUGACUUAUUUGGCUCAUCCGAGUCUGUUUGACAGGCUGUUUAAACUUUCAGAUGGUUGGGACAAGACACAUCUGAAGUACCAUGGGUUUAUAGCCACAUUCCAGUCCCUCACCGUGCACUUGGGCCUGCUUCUACAGUGCUUGCUUAUGUAAGAACAAGAAUGAAAGGUGGUUUUCCAGCAGAAACAUGACCAGAUCACUAAAUUGGUUGUUUGGGGUUGCAUUUAUAGUUACACUUUUUGGGGUUUAUACCAGGAAUUGGUUUUUACUAAUUUAUUUUUAAACUUUUCUAAUUAUGUAAGCUAACUUUUCAUGUUUACGUAUGUGUGAUGUCUCAAUAUAUUAUUUUUUCUCUUCUUGGUUUUUGAAUUAGUGUUCUUUAGGAUCCUGAAAGGUUUCUUGAAAUUUUCGUUUUUGUUUUCAUCAUGGUUAUAACAAAUUUGCUGCAUGCCCAAAUUGACAACAGGAAUCAUCAAGGGAACAGGUUUUAAAUCUUCUUUCUUCUAUACUUUUGAAGUUUGUCAUCUUUACUUGCUUGAAGUUUUUAUUAUUUUGGGUUUGGGGGAUUUUUGUUUGUUUUGGUUUUUGCCAAAUGUAACAUGAAAGCAGAUCCUAUACCUUUAAAGAGUUUGUUAUGCUGAUUUAGUAAAAAAAAAAUUUUUUUUUACA